GAAGCAAUGACCAAUGGCCAAGGCCGCCAAAGGUCUGCGCACAACCAACCCCCCUCCAAUGACGCGACAAAGCAGGAAUAUUCAUUCAUAACCUCAAGUCGUGGUUCUUCAGUAUCGAUCACUUCCAGUUUCGCUGGCCGCGAGUUCUACCCGUAUUCGGCACACAGCCUGCGUCUCUUCUUCCACAAUCCACGGGAGAGAUAUGAGGCUCUGCGACCGCAGGUCCUCCUCCUCGUCCUUCGGCCGCCCAGGGACCCCGAGGUGACCGCGAAUCCAAAGAAACGCGCUCUUCUCGCUGCAGACCCUUCGGAACGACGGCUCCCGGCUAAUCUGGAUCAUGGCGGGACCCUCGCGUUCGGGCUUCCUGCGGCCAGGCGACGCCUCCCCCUCCUUCGCCCAGACCACGGCCGAAUUCAGCCUCGAGAGCGACCUCGACCUUGACGACGAUGACGCUAAGAGCGACUUCAGCUUACGCGAAGCUGGGUCAGAUGGCGGCGAAGCGUUCGAGAUGAAGAGAAUGCGGCAGCAACAUCAGGGACCGGUUAGGUCACAGGGUGUACAAGACGAUGAGGAGGACGAAGAAGACAGCGACGGUUGGAUAAGGCCCGGGUCGGCGUCGGUGUCUGCAUCGGGAUCGGGAUCGGGACCCGCGCCGGAACGCCAUGGAAGCGUCAGCUCCGUUGCCAGCUUUCAGCUCUACACCCCCGACGAGGAGCAGGCUGUUGUCCGCAAGUUCGACAGACGUCUUGUUCUCUUCAUGGCGCUGCUCUACAUGCUUAGCUUCUUGGAUAGGUCCAACAUUGGAAAUGCACGUGUCGCCGGCAUGGAAGAAGACCUCCAAACCGACCCGCCCUGGCAAGGCUGGUACCAAUGGGCCCUAACAUCUUUCUACAUCACCUAUAUCCUCUUCGAGUGGAUGUCGCUCCUCUGGAAACUCAUCCCCGCCCACAUCUACGUCUGCCUCGUCGUCCUCUCCUGGGGCGUCGUCGCCUCUCUGCAAGCCAUCGCCGUCUCCUACCCGAUGCUCAUCGCCCUCCGCGCCAUCCUUGGUAUAGGAGAGGCCGCCUUCACGGGAGUCCCCUUCUACCUCUCCUUCUUCUACAAACGCGAGGAGCUUGCCUUUCGCACCGCCAUCUUCGUCUCCGCCGCCCCCCUCGCAUCCUCCUUUGCCGCCUCUCUUGCCUGGCUGGUCGUCAAGCUGGGCAGCGCCGGCCCCAUCGCCCCCUGGCGCCUCCUCUUCCUCGUCGAGGGCUUCCCCUCCGUCCUCGUCUCCCUCCUCGCCUGGCGCAUCGUCCCCGACGCCCCCGAGACCGCCUCAUACCUCACCCCACGGGAACGCAAGGUGGCCCGCCUGCGUCUCCGCCGCGAGAAGGCCCAUGGCCGACGCUCUUCCUCUUCCUCCGCUUCCUCACCGUCCUCGUCCUCGUCCUCGUCCUCGAAACCCACGGCCCGCGGCUCGCUCAAGGCCCGCGAAAUCCUCCAGACCCUCCGCGACCCGUUAGCCUGGCUCACAGCCGGCAUGCUCUUCCUCGCUAAUAUGGCCUACGCCUCCCUCCCCGUCUUCCUCCCCACCAUCCUCUCCGAGAUGGGCCACUCCCGCCUCGCCGCCCAAGCCCUCUCCGCGCCGCCCUACCUCGUCGCCUUCGCCUCCGUGCUCGCCACAGCCGCCUUCUCCGACCGCCGUCGCUCGCGCGCCUACCCAAUCGCCCUCCACGCCCUCGCCUCCGCCGCCGGCUACGCCGUCCUCGCCCUCGCGAAACCCCUCGACUUGCCGCCCGCUGUGCGCUACGCCGCCGUCUACCCCGCCGCCGCCGGCUUCUUCAGCGUCGUCGUCCUCGUCAUCGCCUGGUCCGUCAACAACCAACCGUCCGACACCCGCCAGGGCGCCGGCUUCGCCCUCCUCCAGGUCGUGGGCCAGUGCGGGCCCCUCGUCGGCACCCGCCUCUACCCGGACCGCGACGCCCCCUUUUACGCCCCCGGCAUGCUCGCCUGCGCCUGCGCCAUGCUGGCCGUCGCUUUCCUGGCCUUGGCCCUGCGGGUUUACCUCGGUCGGUUGAACGUCCGGCUGGAUCGCGCCCACGCCGACGGGGGAGAUACGUCCCAUCAUGAAAACGAGGGGGGAGAGGAAGAAGUUGGUCUCGUGAAGUCGAACCCGCGGCGCAGGACGCUCGCGGAAAGUUUUCGGUACAUUCUCUAGUCACACCCCGCUGCAGCAGCGUACAUGUUUUGGAUUCCUUCUUGGUCCUCUUCUCUUCUCUUCCCCUCCCUCCUGCCUCUUUUUAAUUGCAGCUGGCGGCAGCGGGGUAUAGCGACAUUUUCCAUACUGGUGUUGUAUAUGAGACCUGGUAAAGACAUAAAUCGACGAUGAAUGAAUCGAUAUAUUCUCUUCCGCCUCCUUGUCUGCGGCUGUACAGCUGGGCAUUGCUUCCUGUGGGUGUUCUCUCUUUUUACACUAUACCCAAGCCAGCAGAUACUUGCUGCUACAGCAUCGUGGCCCGUUCAUUCUUCACGUUGACAUCACCUCUCGUGCUCCGGCCUCUCCAUUCUUCUCCUUCUCCGAACUGUACCUAUGUACCCCCUUUGCCACGG